CAAACCACAGGCGGGGAUGGAUGGGUAGAUAGACCAGACAGCAUACAUACGGCGUUUUACAUGUUUUGUUUGCCGGCGAACUGCCUCCUGGCAUGCCAUGCGUGUGGUGUUCCGUUGGUGCGUUUGUGUUGGUAAGUAAGGUGUUCCUUCCUUUGUUGAUGAUCCUGUCCUGGUGGCCCCAGCCGGGCCGUAGCGGAUCUACGGCUAGGCUGAGGUCAGAGGGAUGAGGUCGCCGGUAAAGGAGGGAAGCCAUCUGCGCCAACCAACCGUUCUGAGGGAGCAAGUGGACAGACUGAUGCGUACGCCCUGAGUGAGUGGUGUAUGUAUGUUGUGUGUGGUUUGAGUGCGUGCAUGGAACGCAUCGCAUCACGUUUAGAGGCCACUCGCCGAGUGUUUGUAGGUAGAUGACAAUCAAUAUGAUGGCCUCGCCUCCCCCGACACACAGACAGACAGACAGAGACGAUAGGUAGCCGCUGGUUCGUGCGUGUGGUGGGUUGGCUGCUCGACCCCACCCGUGCUCUUUUUCUGCGUGUGCGAAUGUGCGCGUGCGAUUUGUGUGUAAAGAGACAAACAGAAUCGGUAACGGCAACACCAGCAGAGCGACAGACUUCUUGCACCGUUGUUCUAAAUGCCAAAACCGUUUCACGGCGGCACUACUCCCCCCGGAGUCAGUCCGCUGGCAAGAGGUGAAUGGAUAAAACAUUUAACGCGACAACAUACAUCAUCAAUCUCGUCACUUGUGUCGAUGCAGGACAAUGAACGGCAUCUCGGACGCCCUCCUGGAGCGCGUGGCGUCGCACCUCGUGCCUCGAGCACUGGCGUCCCUGUCCAUGGCCAGCCGCAGGUGCGCCCGAGUGCGGCGCACAGAUCUGUGGAGGGAGCACUUCGAUGGGGAGGCGCGCAGAUGGGACUUGUCCGCGCAGGUGGAGGGCUCCGAAGGGGAGGCCGUCAUCUUCUGCCUCGAGUGAGCCACUGGUUGUCCCUGUUGAUCGACACGACGAACUGACUAUUUGCCUUGUCCGUCAUGGUGUGUUGUGCAGCGGUGCGAGUGUGUUUCAUGUGCUGAAGGUGCUGUCACUCGAGCGGCACCUGGCUGCCCUGCGGCUUGGCGAUGUGGUGUGCUUCGGCAAUUAUCGCGAUAGUGGCGCAGCGAUAGUCACUGAGGACUUCACGCUGAUUGAGAACCCUGACCAUGGAGGUAUGUCUGUGCUGUGCUGUGCCAAGGGUGCUCACUCCAUUGUUGCUUCUAUUUGUUCCUCUGCUGUGCUGUGCUGUGCUAUCUAUGAUGUGUGUGCAUCGGUUGGCCAGGCGAGGGUUUCCUGACGGUGCCUCUGCGAGUGACGCGGCUGUUCCCUGAUCCCCUCGCCAAGUACCGACACAUACGAGUAGGACCAUCAAGAGCACUGACCCCCUAGGACAGACACAGCACACUUGUGCCGUUCGUUUGCUUGCAGGUGUGCACGAUGGAGUUUGCUCCCUCCUCGCCGGCCCUGUGUGCCCUCCUGCGCGCCCCUUCCCCGCUUCCAUCAGCCGAUUCGUUCGCCGCCCUGCGGGCCGUCGAGUACCACCUGGUGUGGAGCAUGGAGGCCGACAAACAGGUGGAGGAUGGCGGGCCCACCCAAGCAGCUGCCGGUGUGGGGGCGGUGCUGCGUGGUGCCCCUGACUUGGUGCUGGAGGUGCGGCUGGUGGACGAUAGUGUCGUUCAGAAGAGAUUUGUGAUAGAGGCGGGAGUGGUUGACGCGGUCAGGGAGUGGCUGGGGGCACUGACAGAGUAGUAGGCCAUUCAUGGGAGAGGGUUUUGACUUCGGAUGGGGUUGUUUGGUGGGAAUUGUGUGUUUGAUGUGUUCUG